CGCUCGGUUCCAGUUUCAAAUGUCGACGUACAAACAAAACGCUGCGUCCCUAACCUGCAUUUAAAAAGCGCGUUUCGCUGGCAGGCAGAACAUCGCAGGGAAUACUAUUUCUUCAAUUUAGGUCCACGAUGGACGAAGUGGACGAGUUGCAGAAUAUGGAAAACGUGUGCAGGCUCUGCCUUUCUACCGACGAACCAAAGUUAUCGGUAUUCGAAGAGCAAGAGUCCCCGGUAUCGUUAGCCAAUAAAAUACAGGCAUGCCUAUCAAUUCAGAUUUUAGCCACCGACAAACUAUCAACCCAGAUAUGUGCAGAAUGUGUCAAAACUGUGAAUCAAUGGCACAAUUACAAGGAAGUAUGUCUUCGUUCUCAAGACAAACUACGUUUAUGGCUAGAAAAACGUGUACAAACACCCCCAGUGAUUGCAAGUAUCAAGAGCGAACCAGUGGACCUAGACUUUUAUGAUGACAUUGUUGAAGUGAUUUCAGAAUCCACCAAUGAUUCAGAUUUGGAGCCAAUUAAUCUUGAGGAAAGUACAGAUAGUUUGGUGAAUAAUGUUCCAAUUCAAGAGCUAACUGAUAAUGAAAUAGAAACAGAGAGAGAUCAACCAGCAUUGGCAAAGGACAUGGACAUAUGUAUUAUAAAAUCAGAGCCACAAGAUGACUAUGAUACAGAUUGUACUAUAGAGAUAGAAUCAGUUACAGGUAGCGAACUACCAAAUCAACUUACAGAUAAAGAUGAUAUAGUUAUGGAAGCCGAUUCUACGCAAAAGUUUAACGCAUCCGCAACAGUAAAUAAAAAGAGAACCAAACGGGGUCCGCACACUCAUUUCAGAGGAACACGAGUUUUUAAACAAAAGUGUGUACAUUGUCAAAUCAUUUUGCACUCUAAGCAAUCUUAUUCGAAGCACAUGGAAAGAUUCCAUACCGAUAAACAAAAUGGUAGUACCGAGGUAGCAGAGUUACAAGAUGGGGAAGAAUUGGUCGAGGAUUUAGAGGAUGAGUUGAUGAGCAUGGAGAAGGAUGCUCCCUUGACUCAAGUACAACAGAAUAUUAUCAGUCAAUUAAAAACGUACUUGUGUUACACUUGUCAGCAAACCUUUACCGAUUGGAGGAGCACUCUCACUCAUAUCCGUGAACAUAUGCCCGAUUUAAGGCCAUGCACAUGCAUCGCAUGUAUGACGGAGUUUCCGGAUGGAUCGAUGUUCAAAUUACACUGCGAAGUAUCGUUUGAGUGUGCAAUGAAAAUCGCAUUAGUCAUACCAAAACACGGCGAAGAGAAGUAUUUCACAUGUAACAUGUGUUUACGCGCUAUGCGAAAUAGAAAGGAACUACUCAGCCAUCUCUCAAAACACUCCGAUAAACAGUACGAGGAACUGGUGUCGCCUUCACGAUCUCCCCCUAAAUUGAAACCAAUGGCCCCGCUACCAUCUCCUAAACAGAAGCAAGUAAACAAAGUGCAUGAAGCUAAAUUAGAGAUACCCAAACCCUACAAAAACGGCGAUGCCGCAUAUAAUCACGUUUGCGAUUUAUGCGGAAUGAUCUAUAAGUUCAGACCUAACAUGUUGAAGCACAAAAAUCUAUGCCAGCAUUUGCCACCGGAGAAUAGAACAUCCUACAGAUGCGUCCACUGUGGAAUGACGUUCCUUGUGUUUAAAAAGUAUCACAGCCAUAUUACGUUCGAUCACAAAAAGAAGGAUUUCACUUGUUCCAUUUGCAACGCCAAAUUCAGGUCUCCAAGCGAUUACUUGACACAUCACGAAUCGCAUCGCUCGACUCGCAAUAAGAAGUCAUCACAUGAAAGUAGUGAAUCAUCCUCCAUGCCAAACAUAUCGACGCCUAUCAAAGACUGGGACACCUUUGAGGCUGAAAUGAACGCGAGCAAGAUAACCAAUAGUAAUCAGUACAGCUGUGCUCUUUGCAACCUGGAGUUCGCUACCAGAGCCGAACUGACCGAGCACAGAAACCUUCACUUGAAGGUGAAGAUCUAUUCCUGCGUUAUUUGCCGUAGCAUGUUUAGCAGCGCUGGUGCUUUAGAGAUCCAUAUGAAGGAUCACGGUAUAGAGGAUCCAAACGAGAGGGACGCAAACAUCUCAUGUGUAGAGUACGGAACGUCGAAGCCUGAGCUGGAAGAGUCAAAAUCAGUAAAUAUCAGCGCAACUUCAGAUCCUGGUACGACCAAGAAUAAGUGUAAUACGUGCAGUAAAGUAUUCUCCAACUACGCGAAUGUCAGACGACAUAUAAGGAACAUACACAAAUCGGGCAAGGCUCAUAUCAGAUGUACCGAAUGUCCUCAGAUGUUCAGGAGCACCUUUACAUGCCAUCGUCAUGUAAUGCAGGAACACAAGUCCUCGAAGACUGCGUUCCAGUGUCCUCAGUGUCCAAAGACCUUCGUCUUCAAAGCGAACAUGAACCAACAUUAUCGAACUGUGCAUGGCUCUGAAACGCCUGGUAGUUACGCUUGUGACAUCUGUGGCAAGACAUUCUUGGAAGAAGCAUCUCUGAAGAUACACAGGGGUUGGCAUAACCGAACCAAUUUCCGGCUAACCGCUGAUCUCGCAAAUGAAAAAGAUCAGAAGAAGCAAAUACUAAGAAAUAUGACCUCGCUGAAACAAGAGGAGCAGUCGUUGACCGGGACCUCGAGCAGGCCAGCUAGAGCAAAAAAAUCCUUCCCAAGCCCGCCAUCGUUGAAGAGCAGCGCUGACUAUCAAUGCCAGGUUUGUAACGACAAAUUCAAUGAUGUGGUGGAACUGAGGGAACACUUAUGGGAUGUUCAUUGUGCUCGUAACAAGUCUGAGAAGAAUUUCACCGACAACAAGUUCCAAUGCGAUCUAUGUACGUACAUUCUACCUGACCAGGAAUCAUUCAACAUGCACAUGCAGUGGCACAAAGUUCAUCCCAUCCUAAGCAACAUCGGUAAACCUUCCUUCCCUUGCGAAAUCUGUGGGAAAAACUAUAGUUCCAAGAAGGUAUUGUGGAGACACAAGAAGCUUCACAAAGCCACCACCGUGGCUACUGCUAAGUUCCAAUCGAUCACCAGGAAACCCACCCUGUCGAGCCAGUACACGUGUAAUAUCUGUCGCAAGGCAUUCAGCAGCAACCAGUCGCUACAGCGUCAUAAACUGAACUUACAUGCCAACAUAUUCAAUGAACGAGCACAGAUGAUGUUUAACAACGCGGCAAAAAUGCCUCAAGAGGAACCGAAAUCAAAGCGAGUGAAAUUGGAAGUGGAUGAUCCGACGCAGAAAGUAUCGGAAGCCAUGGACGCUUUACGCGCUGGCAAGAAGGCCGUGAUGUGCCACGUCUGCAGAAAGUUCUUCCCCAACAUGAGUAUACUGUACAAGCACAAACAAUAUGCCCAUAACAAGUCCCGCGUGGUGAAGAACAUCGUGAAGCCCUCAACCGUCGAGUGCAUCCCGUUGGCCGCACCCGAGGGCCGGGUAUGCUGCAACAUUUGCUUCAAGGAGUUCUCCGGUGUGUCGAAUAUGCGGCAGCACUUUACCGUGAAACACAAGAAUACCACCCUCAAGUACGCCUGCCCAGUCGAGGGUUGUAAGUUAAUGUUUCUAACUCCGGUCGCCCUGAAGAAUCACGAGCUAUCACACACCUCGAUGAUCUACAGUUGUAACCUCUGUGGCAAACACGUGUUUAGCAGAUCAGCAAUGUCCACUCACAUGCUGACCGUGCAUAAGACAGUCUACUAUGCCGAAGAGAACAAAAAUUUCCACAGAGAGACAGACUUGCACACCUAUGUGGUGGAAGGUGCAGUGGACGCAACUUGUCCUCACUGCAAGAUCAAGUAUCCCAACAACAGAGCCAUGAAGAUUCAUUACUUCAAGUUCCACGAUGACACGAAUCGUUAGGUCCGUGAGCAUUUUGUACGAUCGAUGAACGAUUCAGCAGAAAAGUUUUUUUGAGGGGCGGGGGGUUUCAACGAAGCGUGACUGGUGGCCCUAUCAGCACAGGAAGAUUCUCCGAACUGGAUAAACGCUGUCUCGUACUCUUUUUUUUCUAUCAAUCUUUAGUUUCUGUGUUCGGCCAUGGACAAUGAUGUUCGUACAGACUUCGAGAUGCAUCUCGCCUUUCCUAUUCAUUGUUUCACUGGUGAUGUUUGAAUACACUUCGGCAUGUCCUACUUCUCUGUAGCCGCUGAUCAAGAGCUAAGUCUGUCUCUUGUUCGAUGCUGGCAGCACUUACCAGGUCCACCAUUGUACUUGUAAAUAACACCCUAUUGCUGUAGAGUAAUGAAGGUAUAUAAGAGAGUCUAUAUAUUUGUUUGAUGUUUCUACGAGAGUCACCACAUUUUUUAAACAAAAUUUUUUAUUUUGUUCAUCACGUGGUCGAUGAUACUCCUCCGGCAGAUGCCGAUGUAUUCAGAAGACCAUGAAUAUUAAUCUCAACUUCUGUUAACGUGACUUGAACCGAUUGCCUAAGUAGCAUGAUGUUCAGUUUUGAGUCAACACAUCAUGGUGGAACUAUGAUUACAGGAAGCCGGAUGUAAGGUUGAUUCAGUGUCAGAUCUAAAGUACUGCUUCAUCGGAGUACAAUAUUGAUCAUCGGUUCAAAGUACGUUAAUUUGAAUGAUGGAUUUAAUUGAAAAUGAUGUGUCUAAGAUGCGAAUCAUGUUCAUUUUUCGUUUUAUUUUUCGUUUGUUUGUUAUUAAGCAAUAGCGUAUCAUAUUGUUUCUACUACCGAGCGCAUUUAGUAUAGGAGAGAAACUGGGAACUAUGCAUUUUUUAAAGGAUUGCUGUAUUGUGCCAGCAACUGAUUGUUCUGAACAGAUUGGUGAUGGUGUGGAUAAGAUUGGAGAGUUGGCAUAUUUCUGGACACUGGAAUGGAGAACUCUGUUUUAGAUUUUAUUAUUAAACGCAUAUUUGUAUAUGCAAUGUAUAAGCUGUAGCGUUUUUGCAUAUAGUGAACAAAUAAAGGGAGAACAAAUAAAUGUGGAUCCCUAAUUUUCCAAGUAUCACUUGACAAUUAUCUUUGUUCGCGUGAUUCCAUAAGGUCAUAGCUCUAUGAGCCAGAAAUAAGUGUCCGUCUUUUACAUUUCUUGAACCCUUUGAAAUAAUCAGGGUAUCGCAUUCUUGGGAUCAUUCACAAGGUUGCGUCUGCGAAGACGUUUCCUGUGCUUGCCAUCAGAGGGCUUGCUAACCAGUUCCUCAUGAGUUUCUAACCUCUGUAUUCCCUGAUAGAUUCUCAUCUCUUCUUGGGCUAUUCAAACAUGAAACUCUUCUUCAAUAGGAUUUUCUAGAAACAAUCAUAUUGAUUGUUUAUUCCCGUCUACAUAUCAGGAUUCUGAUGUUUGACUCUGCAGAUAGAGUCACUACGUCGUGGUGUCUUGGAUGACAGCCAUGUUGGACACUUGAUUGUCAGAGAAGGAAUCUGACCAAAUAGGUCAUGCUUGAAUGAGUAGGUUGAGGUUAUACGACAGGUAGAGGAUUCUGCCUCUGAAACUUGAUCGAUCGGUUCCAUUUAUUUUCCUCAGUAGCCAUCAACUGGGAGAAGUGAUUCUGAACAGGACUGAUCCUAGCACCCAAUGUUCCUUUGUGUCUAAGACGUAUAUCUAUCUGAUAAUCUUAAGCAAAUGAUUUUUUAAUAGGUUCAGAAGAUCUAGAAGACCUAGAAGGAGAUUCCACUAUAUUUUAUUAAUCAUUCUGCCAACCGUGAUCAGAGUAUUAGCAAUAACUGACUGUUUUAGUUAGACGAAGUCUGAUUUCUUGAUGGAACGUAUUUAGAUGUAGCUUUUCAGUUGAUAAUUGAAUAUUGGUUUAUCGUUUAGUGUUUAUUUAGAAGAUGUGUUUUUUCCGAGAAAUGGACGUGUUAAGUUGAAACAUCAUGUGCCGAAUCAUUCCGUCUAUUGUUAAAAGUUUCUUAUAACAGAUGUCCGAAAUAAUAAUUAUGCUCACAGUUAUACAUAACGGGAGAACCAUUUUGUACAGUAUCUUUUUACGUAAGAUUCCAAUGAAAGACUGAUAACAGGAAUGUUUGAUACACGGAAUAUUAUUAAGCGACGAGAAAUUAUUCAAUAAUGACGAAUCGCAUCGAGAACUAUUUAUUAGAUAUUUUUGUUAAUUUAACAGCUUGAACAAUUGUAAAUUAUUAUGUAUGUAUACACAUACAUGUCAUGUUUCAGUUUUUCUUCCAAAGCUAUCAAUAUAUAUUGUAUAUAUUAUACCCACAUAUGUAAUCACUAUUGUAAAUUUAUUCACCCUUUCAUCUUUUCGAAACAACAUUCGUAAAGAGUACAAUAUCUAUCAUUGUGUAUAUGAAUAAGUAUAUAUCGUAAUAAAAAAAAAUAUAGGUAACUGUUAACACCUUAUCCAUCGUUUAUGAAUAAAAUGAUUAAGUAUUGUUAACUUCAUAAUUUAAUAAUAAUUAAAAAUUGCAAGGAGCUAUUAAUUACUUACUAAUUACUUCUUAGUCAAUAAUCACUGACUUUCGGUUGGUAAGGUGUUAAAAAUUACGGUAUCAACGUUGUAAGUAAGAGAAGAAUUUUCCUUCCACAAAAAUUGUAAUGACUACGAUUGUAUUUAAGAAUUAAAGCUUCUUUUCACAUUGUUA